AAUAUAUAACAAAUUACUCUGCCUAAAUCUAACAUUGAAAUAAAUAUGAGUUUCGAGAUACCCGACCAUCACCCAUUGCCAUUCAUAAUCAAGAGGCAGAAAAUGAUCAUGGAAGAGUGUGUCCUACUCCUACAUGCAUGCAAUUCUCGAGAUUUGAAGUUUUACCUACUCACACGUACACAUCAAAGCAUCUAAUAUAGUCCACUCGUGAGAGUUUGUACAAUAGAGAUGCCAGGAGUUUCCUCUUUUGCACUCCAUGCUCAAGUCAGUUCUAGUUUUUAUUUUCUAUAUAGUUUUUCUAAUGUUCACACCAAAUUUACUUUAGACUUUAGAGUGGUCUUAUUUAGGGUGGAGUCUUUUGUGCAGAAGGUAUAAAGAAAAAGAUUCCUACAAAUAUAAAGGGGUUGACGUAGUGGUAAUGUGGGAUGUGAGAACAUUCACUAGAUUAUAAGUUUGAAUCUUGAGACCUACAAUUGAAUUAGAGAAAAUGCGCGUUUGAUAUGAUUAUAAUCCUCAUUCUUUCUAGUUUGGGUCCAUAUGAAUGAACCAAAAUCGACCGACAUCCGCAAUUACGUUUCUUUGUAUAUGAAAAAGCCUCGUUGGUUUAAUAUGAAAGUCCUAUAUUCGAAUCGCAGCGAUGACUACGCUAGCUCCUUCUAAAAUAGAAUUUCGUAAUCGAAGUAUAGUUUUAUCUUGUUUGUUUUGCACUAGGUUUGAAAUGUAUCAACAAGUACUUACGUAACUAAAACGGUGACCACAUGGAUCAAUUUUGUGAUUAAGCACGCCAAGAGCUCAUAGUAGUAAUCCAUAGUUCCAUGCUUUCUGCCAGUCCUUGAAGCCCAGCUGAAUACUUUCGUCGUUCAAUUUCUUGAUGGCCACGGGCUUAUUACAAGGCGCUAAUCUGUUACUAUUUUUUUUUCCCUCUCUGUUGAUUUAAAUCCGUUGCUGUCUAUUACUGGAAUUCCUGAAAAUGAUCGAUUUGGGACUGGAUUCCGACGUGUACGACGUUUGAAGAAUGGGAUUUGAUAGAUUUGGGAGAAGAAAGUAAAGCUUGGUGGGAAAUGGGAAUGGGGGGACAAUGGUUUGGAUUAUAUAUUUAUGAUGCGGCCCUACAUGCUGCUAUUUAUUAUUUUUUACUCCAAUUCCAUUUACGUGUGUGAACGGAUCAAGGUUGUCAACCCGCGGGUCGACCUGCGGGUUAACCCACUUUAAUCCUGACCCAGUGAGAAGAACGGGCCGCACACACUCAUCGGGCCGACCGCUACAAGGUAUCGGGUUAGAGGUCAAAUUGUGUCAUUUUUUUCUUUGAUUUGCGAAAUGCGCCUAUUUUCCGAUUUUUCUUUUUGCCUAACUCUAUCUUUGGAAUCCUAAGUUAAACAUUUGAAUAUAUAUGUUAUAUAAGUGUGUGUAAAUUUUCAAUAUAUGUUGGAUCUAAGUACGACAUGUUAUUUUGGUGGAAUAUUAUAUGCUAUAACUCAUAUAUUAGAUGAGAUUUGAUAUAAUUUAUCAGGAUAAGUACAAUACAAUGACUAUUUCCAUAUUUUUCGGGCUAAACCGGACUAAAUCGAGUGACACAUUAACCCUUGACCCACUAGUUCCACCGAGUCUGGGUCAACCCGCGGUUGACAACCUUGGAACGGAUUGUGUAAAACUCAAAUGAUGCGAACCGGCAAUUUGAAUUCCAUUUUGACUUGGUGUACUACUCCGCUCGUUGGGAAUGCUACUCAACAAAGCUCUUGGGCUCAAUAAAACCAUCCGGUCGUAGGUUUUCGCUCUGCGCGCAGUCGCCUGUCCGUUUUCUUCAAAGCCCAUGACUUCUUUUUUCUUGUUUCAGUCAUCAGCAUAUGCUUGCCGCCUUCUUUGUCGGUCCCUAUUUCUGCUGCGUCUGCGUGUAAACAUCCCUUUUUUGGAAGCUCCGAAGAAUAUAUAGAACCUCACCCAACAAGGGAAUAUGCGGGGAGGAGUGGGACGAUGGUGGCAACACGUACGUACGAUUUUGAGCAAAUCCCAACAAGUAAACAUGGCGAAUUUCGCUAAGUCCUGUACGUGUUCGCGCAUAGCAGUAUUAGGGUGUUUUAAUAAUAAAUUUUAAAUACACGUCUUCAACCACCAUUGUCUUAUUCAAUUCCUCAGGUAAAGACAUUAGUCAUAUAAUAUUUAGGUGAUUAAAUAAUAAAUAAAUACAAGUCUGAUCUUCACAACAAAUUCAUAAAAAAUGUAGUCAAUCAAAACAUACAAAAUAUUAAUUUUCCAAAGCCAGGUUCAGGUUAGCCGAGUACAAAGCGAAGCCCACCAGCAAAGCAAAAAAGCAGCACAGCGAAAGCCUUUAACUCGUCGCCUUUGGCUCUUUCGUAUCUCCAUCACCUCCAAGAACAAGAACAACCAUGGGGAACUGCCUGGCCUCAUGGUUCUCUUGCUUCCACUCUUCCAACAUCACCCCCACCACCGCCGCCCAGCCGACCGGCGACGGAAUCGGAGCCGGGAACGGCCCCCUUUGUCCGCCGGUGGCCGGCGGGCGAAUUCUGGAGUCCCCGAGCUUGAAGGUGUUCACCUUCAGCGAUAUCAAGUCGGCGACCGGGAACUUCGGACCCGGCGUCCUGCUCGGCGGAGGCGGGUCCGGCGAGAUCUACAGAGGAUGGGUGGACGAGACAACGCUAGCACCUUGUACGCCGGGGACAGGUGUCGCCGUCGCCAUCAAGAAAUUGAUCAACAAAAAAAGUAUGCAGGGCGUCAAAGAGUGGCAGUCAAAGCUGAACUUUUUGGGCAGGCUAUCGCAUCCAAACUUGGUCAAGUUGCUGGGAUACUGUUGGGAGGAUAAACAGCUUUAUCUAGUGUAUGAAUUCGUCCAGAAGGGAAGCUUGAAGAAUCACCUCUUCAGAAAGAAUGCUACGGAUAAGCCACUGCCUUGGGACCUAAGACUCAAGGUAGCUACUGGAGCAGCUCGUGCCCUAGCUUUCUUACACACAUCCGAUGAGCAGGUCAUCUUCCACGAUUUCAAGACCUCCGGUAUUCUACUUGAUGAUAAUUACAAUUCUAAGAUUUAUGAUAUUGAGAUGGUGAAGUUACACCCCGCUGAUGGUGAACCGCGUGGGACGGGCGAUGUCAUGGGAACAUGUGGUUACGUUGCUCCGGAGUACGCUGCAACAGGUUAUUUGUACGCAAAGAGCGACGUAUACAGCUUCGGAGUGAUACUGCUGGAGCUAAUGACGGGAUUGGGAGCCGUGGACUCGAAACGGCCGGACGGGCAGCAUAACCUAGUCGAUUGGCUGAGACCGACCCUGUCGCGGACGAGGCCGACCCUAUUGCGAAAGAGAAGGCUAAAGAACAUCAUGGAUGCUAGAAUGGAAGGGCAAUACUCGUCCAAGGCUAUGCUGCAUGCAGCACGGGUUGCACUCAAGUGCCUCGAACCAGACCGUAAAGCCCGCCCUUCCAUGAAAGAAGUAGUGGAGGAUUUGGUAAAGAUACAGGCGAUCAAGGACAAACCAAUGCUUCCGAGAAGAGGUUCCGGUUCCGGUCCGAACCCUAAACGGGUAGUUACGUGAUGGAUUAGAAGGGUUGUAAGCUUUUAAGUUUAUUUAUCCUAUUCUCUUUUUCCUUCUGCCUACUCUGUUUGUUUCCUCCUGGAAUCUGGAAUCUGGAUGAUACUUUUUGGGGUGUUAACCUCUAGUGAUAUUCCCUCUGUGAGCACACUCUCAUUCCAAAUGUGACAUUUAUCAAUAAAAAAAUUAUAUGAAACCAACUAAUUAACCUUCACAUCCAAAUAGAGUGUAAUGGGUACCCAGCUAAGGAAAACUGGUUUAGCUCUUAGGAGAUUUCUAAUGUGGGUCCCACCUGCUAUUUAAAUAUACCAAACACUUUACAAUUGAAGAGAUGGUCUAACUAAGACCAUCAACAACCAUGAAAUAGCAUAACUAUUUCAUUUGUGGCCACUACCGCCACAUGUACACAUUUUACAAUUUCAUUUCUUCACUUCUAUUUUUUCUACAUCCAUGAAAUCCACUUUCAAUUUCAUAUGGUGGGCCCUAUUCACAUUUAUAAUACAACAAAUAAUUUGUAUACUCUCUAACCAAUUGAAGUGGGCCCACUUUGCCUCUUCCAUAUUGAAUUUCAUCUAAUGAAAUCUUUCAAAGAUG